UUGGUAGCCUUGAAAACGGAUGGACUAUAGAUAAUCGAUCAUGCUGAGUCUCGUGGCAAUAUUUAUUUUUAGAAAAAGUUCAAAAAGUCUACCGAAAAGCGAGUUUUACGAAAAUUUGGGUUUUCAGCUAUUACAAAAGUCACAAUUCACUCAAUAAGCAUCAGAACGGGUUCAAGACUUCAGGAUAUGGUCGAUUUUCUCCGCUAAAUGGGAUUAUAAUAUCGAAAAAAUCGAAAAAGCAUAUUUGCGGUAAUGGGUUUUCUAGAAAUGCUUUUGGAAAACCUUAGGGUUUUGUAGACUUUCUUUUAAGAUCUCCUGUAAAUAGGAUAUAGAAUAGCUUAAAUACUUUAUAUUCUGAAGUCCUGAACAAAAAGUGGUGCUGUUCAAGUAUUAUGUAUACGGCAUGUAGAAGUAGGGUAUACUAAAGUAGUCCAAGCGGAAGUAGUUCUCAAGUAAAUGAUUUUGUCCUAACCCACCAGAAUUUGUGUACUUUCGCCACAUGUUAAAAAACGGUAAAAUACAGCGUUGUUGUGCACGUGAACUUUCGCUACACUUUGUAACGCGUUAUUUGUCGCUACGUUAUUAGUGUGAGGAAAGUUCUUUUUGGGCUCUGAGAAAAGUUCGCUAUGCGAUGUGACAAAAGUUCUACUUAUGUUACACAGUUGGUUUCGAAAGUUCACCACUCUUGUGGUCAAAGUGUGGGGUGGCACUCCCCAAAAAUGCCGUACACUUUCGUCACACGCGGCGAAAGUACUAUUUUUUAUGUGACGAAAGUGCAUCACCCGAAAAGACGAUGUUUGGAUGUGUAAUAUACAGCCUUUUAAAACACGUUUUUUAGUCGAUUCUUUCUUUCCUUUCAUAUUACUGCAUAUCUCAUUAUCUUGCUUAGGCUUUCAGCCGCACAAUAUUAGUCAACCAUAUCAUAUGGUGAAAAGUGUACAUUUUACACGUCAACAUGUGAUAGAAAGGUGACGCUAAUUUAAUAACAAGAAUAGAAAAAACAUUGUAUUUUCCAUUGUUCACGAAGUCGACUUUUUCCAGUGUACGCAUCAAUCGACUUCAUGCCUAGUUAAAACAGAAAAUAUCAUCAAUCAAAUAAGAGAAUGUAGUCAUUUUUGAAAUUUACAAUAAUCUUUGUUACGUCCUUCGUUAUAAACAGAGACUGCUAAAUGGACCUAGAAUUUUGUCUGAAAAAGGUUGUUAAUGAUUGUUGUUUACUCACUGAUGAGAGCUCGAUUAACGAUAUCUCGCACUUUCGAGAAACCUUGACUUGGCUGGUGAAACAUUCAAAAGGCCGGAACUGCAGGAUCAUUUUAUCUGAUAUUAUCCCGAAAGGAAGCGGAGGUAUCACAAACGACUUAUACCAGCAAAUAGCAGCUGAAAUAAAUAAUCAAAACGUUCAUCGUGUCAUUGGUAUUGGAAAAAAAAUCAAUCAAAUAAAAAAAUGGUUACUAAAAGUAGAUGACGAAGAGACAGAGUUCUACAAAACCUCUGCAAACUUUCUAAAGUAUAAUAGUCGCUCUAAAUUCUAUAACGAAUAUAUUCUUCUGAAAGGGGACGCCGCACAUGGUUUUGACAAUAUUAAAAGUUGGUUUAAUGAAGUUGUCCAUGAGACAGUUAUGGAGAUCAACUUGUCGAGAGUUGUCUAUAACCUGAAACAAUAUGAACGAAAAUUAAAUAAAGGUGUCAACAUCAUGGUCGUGAUCAAAGCAUUUGGAUAUGGCCUAGGUAGUACUGAAAUGGCAAAACUAUUUCAGGACCAAAAUAUCGAUUAUUUCUGCAUUUGUUAUACGGAUGAAGGGGUCAAACUGCGAAAACAGAGUACAAGAUUGCCCAUUAUGGUGCUGAUGCCAGAAGAAUACGGUUUUGAAAGACUCAUCGAAUAUAACUUGGAACCAUGUAUACACAAUUUCUCUAUCUUGAUUGCAUUUAUUCGUUUUCUUCACCAUCAUGAGUAUAAGGAACGCUAUCCAGUUCAUCUCGCGUUUGAUACUGGAAUGCAUCGACUUGGGUUUGAGCAAAAUGAUGUGAAACGUCUAGUGUCACUCAUGAAGAAGAAUGAAGCACACUUGUACGUCAAGUCUGUCUGGAGUCACCUUGCCUCUAGUGAAGAUCCGGAGGAAGACAGCUUUACCGAACUUCAAGCAGCUCGUUUCGAAAAGUAUUGUUCGGUAAUCGAGGAAGAAAUCGGCUAUGAUUUCAUUAAACAUUUGGCUAAUUCAGCAGCUGUUCUUCGUCUCCCACAUUUACAAUACAAUAUGGUUCGACUUGGUAUUGUUCUUUUUGGUCUUGAUAAUACGAAAGUAUGUCAACACGAACUACAGGUCGUAGCACGUUUAAGAACAACCAUUUCUCAGCUGAGACGAGUUGCAGCUUGCGAUACCGUUGGCUACGGUAGAAAAGGCAAAGUUGAGUGUGAUUCUCUUAUUGGCGUAAUUCGAAUUGGCUAUGCAGAUGGCUUUGCCCGUCGCUUGUCGAACGGAGUUGGUUUUGUGUGGUGUAAAGGAGUAAGUUGUCCGGUCAUUGGAGAUGUGUGCAUGGACAUGGCAAUGAUAGAUUUCACCCAUGUAAACAACGUACAAGAAGGUGAUGAGGUAGAAGUGUUUGGAGAAAAUAUUAAAUUACAAGAAAUAGCACAAGUAUGUCGCACUAUUCCACUUGAAAUACUCAUUAAUUUUGGGCAGCGAAUAAAACGAGUUUAUACAUUCUCUGACUCAUGA